CUGGCAGCAGCGGACAUCUGUUACGUAACAUUUAUUACACCAAGUAUUAUUUUAAGCCACGAUGUCGACCAUCCAAAGGGGAUCGCUGGGACAAUUUUAUGCGCAGUUGUAACAGAGGGAGGAUUAGCAUGGACUGGAGCGGAGGCCUCAAUAUUUACACUACUUGUUGUUGCCUUUGAACGAUACUUUGCCGUUGUACAUCCCUAUGGAAACCGGGGAAAGCUAACGUUUCGCACAGUAAAGGUGUGUUUCUUUGAAAUAAGAUAUUAUGCAGGUAGAAAUUUGUCAACACAAAGUAGCCUUGUUUUUUUGUUGUUGUAUCCGAUGGACAUAAGUUACUACGCGUAACGCUGUCUUUUAACAGCCAGCCCAGUUAACAGGCUAACCUUCGUGGUUUGCGCAAAAAGGGGAGGGUUUGGAGAUGAGGGAGAAAAGCGCGUCAGGAAAAAGGGAAGGUAUCUCUUACUGUCUCUCCCUAACCCUCCCCUCCCUUUUCCCUUCCUCCCAAUCCUCUACCACUUUCGACGCCUGCUACGCAGGCUAUAAACAGCCCUUCCUCCUCGCUCGUGCAUAUGCUGGCACGCGAUGAGGCAAACUAAUUAAGAAACAGGUAGACAUAUCGUGGGCGGAUCUGAUGGGGAGGGUUGCGGAUGGUGUCCUGGUCUCGCCUCUCCAUUCUUACCCCAAAAUGCGCUUUCCUUAUCUCAGAGACGAACUUUGUAUCUGAGACAUUUUUUGGUCUCGACAAAAAUAACUGACUUUUAGAUGUGUGAUUCACCUUUUUAAAUGUUAUUCAAACUCUUUAUUUUAGGUGACUAUUCCAGUAAUUUGGAUCCUCGCAGCAAUAAACAAAAUCCCAGAAUUCAUGAAACGGAGCCGUUCUGCGAAGGAAAAUAGUUCUAACUACUGCAUUUCCUUAUUAACUAAGGAAGGCGUAAAGACCACUUUUACUGUUUACACUUCAAUUGAUUCUACUCUGAUGAUUUUGCUGGUCUUGUUAUACUCCAAGGUGGUGUACACCUUAUGGUUCAAGCACCGUGAUAAUGUACUUACACAUCAACAACAGGUAGGACAUAACUAG